UUUCCGUUUUUUCAUCAGUUUUGGUUUUGUUAAAUUGUAGAAACUUGUGUUUUCAUUUUGCUUAAUUGUAAUUUAAUUAAACUAAUCAUGGGUCGUGUUCGUACCAAGACUAUUAAAAAAGCUUCACGUGUUAUCAUUGAGAAAUACUAUACAAGAUUGUCUUCAGAUUUUCAUACCAACAAAAGGAUAUGUGAGGAAAUCGCUUUGAUUCCUAGUAAAAAGCUUAGGAAUAAGAUCGCCGGUUUCGUGACACAUUUAAUUAAACGUAUUGAGAAGGGACCAGUUCGUGGAAUUAGUAUCAAAUUACAAGAAGAGGAGAGAGAACGUCGUGACAAUUAUGUUCCCGAAGUUUCAGAAAUUGAUUUGGAUGUGAUCGAAGCUGAUCCAGAUACUAUGGCCAUGUUGAAGAUGAUGAAUAUGGAUGAUAUUCCAAGACUUCAACAGACAAACCCUACUGUGUAUAGAGGUUAAUUAACUAAUUAUUAUUAUAUAAUUUACUGUAUCAUCUGAUCAACACUUGGAUGGUCAUCAUUUUUGUCUCUGUCCCUGACUUUUUAUUCAAUUAAAAGCUUAUGGACUUGACAAACAGUCAA